UCGCGGUGUCAACCCGUCCAUGUCGUCGUGUCGUAUCGUGUCGUCCGCGAGUGCAGCAACCGUGACCGGUGCACCGCCGCCGUCGUCUUCUAACUACCGUCAUUCGACUCGACGAUGGACGCCGCGACGGUCGCACUGCUGCUGUUGUCCGCGUUCUCGCGCGCGUCCGCCCGCGAUGGCCUGUUCGGUUAUCCGGACGACGAGCACGUGAUCAUCACGCACCACGGACCGGUCCGGUACGAGCCGAUGACCGCCGGCCAGAUGAACAGGCCGUACGACGGCGGCACGGUGGCCGCGGCCGGAGCCUCGUCGGCGUCCGCUCGCGGUUACUACAAGGCCGAGGUGAUACCGUUGGACAUGAACACGUGGAAACCGGUGCCGGGCGGCUGGGCGGGAAGAGGGCCCGUGGUCGGCGGCGGUAGUGGCCGGGUGGACGCGUUGGACGUGCCGCUCACCGUCGGCUACUCGGUGCGGCCGGCCAAGCCUUUGCGCCGGCGCAGGCACGAAUACUUCCCGGACACCGCGGUCGUCCGCGGUCACCGACUUCAACCGUCGCACGGGCGCCGCAACCGUCGUCCCACGCAACCGGUAGCCGUAGAAGCAGGACUAUGGAGGUUUUAGAUUCCGCAGUCGUCCACCUGCACACGCGCACGCUUUGCGGUUAUUUAAAGGAAGGAUGCAGUUGCCUGAAGGAGACAAAAGAAUUAUAAGUAUCACGUGGGUAUAAUAUGUAUAUGCUAAUUAUAUGUAGAUAAAACCAUUUUACAUAUUUGCUAUAUUUACUGACAAAGUAAAUAAUAUUUAGUGGAACAAUGUAUUAAUUAUUAUUGUCCAAUAUUG